ACACACACACACAACAAAGCAUGGGUUCUCUCCCAACCCUACACUUUGCCAUCUUCCCCUUCCUCUCGCAAGGCCACAUCAUCCCCCUCCUCCACCUCUCCCGCCUCCUCCGCCUCCGCUCUGCCGCCGUCACCAUCUUCACCACAGCCGCCAACUCCCCUCCCAUCUGCGCCGCCCUCGCCGACACCGACGUCUCCGUGGUGGAGCUCCCUUUCCCACAACACAUCCAAGGCCUCCCUCCCGGCGUCGAAAACACCCAAAACCUGCCGUCCAACUCCUUCUUCAUCCCCUUCGCCAAAUCCACCAAACUCAUGCAGAAAAGCUUCGAAAAGGCCCUCCAAACCCUAAAUCCGCCGGUUUCCUGCAUCAUCUCCGACGCAUUUCUCGGCUUCACUCUUCAUUCAGCUCACAAAUUCAAUGUUCCGAGACUCGUUUUCUUCGGAGUGGGGGCUUUUCCCUCCACCAUGUAUCAAGUUUUGGGCCGCGAGAAGCCGCAUGCAGCCGCCGCCUCUCUAGACGAACCGUUUCCGAUACCGGGGUUUCCCGGGCUGGAAUUGACUAUGAAUGAUUUUGAACCGCCGUAUAAUGAGGUGGCGCCGUCGGGGCCGUACGUCGAGUUCAUGGAGGAGCAGCUCGCGUCGAUGGCGGCGAGCCACGGCAUGAUCGUCAACACAUUUUAUGAGAUGGAACGCCGUUAUGUUGAUUAUUGGGACUCGAAAAUUGGCCCCAAAAUUUACUGCGCCGGCCCGCUGUGCGCGGUGGCGCCGCCACGCACGGCGGAGGAGAAGUUGUACGUCCGGUUUUUGGAUGAGAAGUUGGCUGAGGGGAGGCCGGUUUUGUACAUCGCGUUUGGGACGCAGGCGGAGGUUUCGCCGGAGCAACUCCGGGAAAUUGCUUUAGGGUUGGAACGAUCGGGGGUGAGUUUUUUGUGGGUUUUGAAGUCGGAAACGGUUGAAUUUUGCCCUAAUUUUGAAGAGAGAGUUAGAGAGAGGGGAAUUGUGGUGAGGGAGUGGGUUGAUCAGCUUGAGGUGCUGAAGCAUGAGGGUGUGUGUGGCUUUCUGAGUCACUGCGGGUGGAAUUCGGCGCUGGAGGGCAUCACCGCCGGCGUGCCGAUUCUGGCGCUGCCGUUCAUGGCGGAGCAGCACCUGAACGCGAGGUUCUUGGCGGAGGAGCUCGGCGUGGGGCUGCGGAUCAUGCCGACUGGGGGAUCGGUUCGGGGACAUGUGGUGGCGGAGGAGGUGGAGAGAGUAGUGAGGGAGCUGAUGUGCGGGGAGAGGGGGGCGGAGGCGCGGCGGAAGAUGGCGGAGUGCGGUGGUGCGGCGCGCGGCGCUAUGAAGGAAGGCGGCUCGUCGAUGGGGACGCUGGAUUUGCUGAUUGAUGAGAUUAGCGGGAGAAGGAGUCGUCCUUGAUUCAAAGUUUUGGUCAAUAGCUCUUAAUUCGUGCUAAUUAAGUUAUUAUGAAUGAAAUGUUAAGAACGAAAUGAAGGAAAAAAACAAAAAAGUUACUAGUUAUUAUGAAUGAAAUGUUAU